AUGGCCAACGAAAACUGGGAAGAAAUCAGUGCUUGGGAUGUCGAAGAAGAUAUGGAUAUGGAUAUGACGCAAAGAAUCACCGUGCACACCGCUCACAAAUAUCCCACUUAUGCGGCAGCCACAAAAUGGGGUUCACGCCGCAGGAAGUCGGCGAUCAAAAUUGAUGCCGACGGCGACAACGCAGUUGAAAAGAAACAAGAAGAAAAGGGAAAAGAGAAUGUUCGAAAAGGUAUACUCUUGGGCGCGCCGGCAAAGCCAACUAACGAUAAUACAAGUUUGCCCGGCAUACUGAAAGGUGAUCGCAAAAUAGACUGCGAUGACGGCAGCUACAGUAAACACCCAUCUCUAAAUUGUAUAUCCACUCCGCCACCACCAUCCGAUCCGGAUCCCGUGGAAAUCAACAAAUCAUUAGCGCGAAGGCACAAUAAUCACGUGCACAAAUUAUCUUCCCAACGACUGCUUAACCAGCUGUCCAAUCCAGUCAUCAUGGAGCUACAUGCGGAUUUGGUGAAGGGUGACACCAACAGAGAUCCCGAAUUCAAGAAAUACAAGAUGUUGAAGAAAUCCAUGAAGUAUAAGAAUGGUAGCACGAAGAGUAAAGACCGAAAAGGGGUGGACAAAAUGAGAGUAGAAGUUUGGUAA